AUGUCGCAGGCCAUCAAGCUCGGGGAUGUCAGCGACAUCCCCAUUGUCAACUUCGCACCGUUCCUGGACGGUUCAAACAAGCAAGCCGUAGCUGAUGCAAUGAUACAAUCCUUCAAGAAUACUGGCUUCGUCUACUUGGUCAACCACAGUCUACCCAAGGAUAAGGUCAAUGAGAUGUUUGCCUGGUCUAAGAAGUUCUUCGCCUUACCGAUACAGACAAAGAUGCUCGCCCCGCAUCCUUCGUCGGGAAUGUACCCACGCGGCUAUUCGCCACCCGGAAAAGAGAAAGCAUCGCAGCAUGUUUACGACGCGAACGAGCUGGAGAAGCUUCGCGUACAGGCCCCAGAUGUCAAGGAGAGCUUCGAGGUGGGUCGCGAGGACGACCCAAUGGCGAACAUCUGGUUGCCAGACGGCGUGCUGCCUGGCUUCAAGGAGGCAUCACUCGAUUUCUUUUGGGCUUGUCGAGAAGUGCAAUUGACCAUCCUACGUGCCCUCUCUUUGGGACUUCACCUUGACGAGGAUUACCUGGAGAAGUGUCACACGGUGGCUGAGAAUCAGCUACGACUCCUCCAUUAUCCAAGGUACAUCACCGUUGAGAAAGCUAGCGAGAUGCGUUUCCUCACAUCGGCGAGCAGUGUUCCGAUCGAACAAAUCGAGAGACACGAAGUAGAGAGAAUCGGUGCGCACUCUGACUUCGGUAGCAUAACGCUCUUGCUUCAAGACGACGCUGGCGGGCUCGAGAUCGAGGAUCAUUACAACCCUGGCACGUUCAUUGCUGCAACGCCCGUCGAGGGUGCGAUCAUCGUCAAUGCGGGAGACUUCCUGAUGCGAUGGUCAAACGACAUGAUCAAAAGCACGAUACAUCGCGUAAGGGCUCCUCCAAACAAAAGGGCAGCCGACGGCAUGGCCCCGGAGCGGUACUCCAUACCAUAUUUCUGCUCUGCGGAUUUCACGCGUGUCGUGGAUUGUCUGCCUGGGACCUAUUCUGACGAUAAGCCCAAGAAGUACGAGCCUAUCUCAGCGUAUCAGUACGUGAUGACUCGACUCAAUGCGCUGUAUGCCUCAUAA